AUGAACUACCUUAGUGAAGAGACAGUGAACAGUUUACUGGAGUUGAAGAUUAAGUCUCUAGGCUCUGGAUCAUAUGGUAAAGUAGCCCUGGUAAACUAUAAAGGAAAGCCGGCAGCUCUUAAAGUAGCCAUCUCGUCUGCCUGUAAAGAAUCUCUCACUUCCGAAGCGAGGUUAUUGAGCUACCUGAACGGUACUGGUGGCGCUCCAAUACUGCUAGCUGUAGCUGACAAGCCUUUAGCUAUCCUCACUUCCUACAAAGGAAGCCAGAGGCUUUAUGACUGGUUCAAAAAUCCAAGUUACACUCACUAUUUAAUCUACGUCGGGCUUAAGGUUGGCAGUGAGUUAUUACAAAUCCACAAGGCGGGUAUUGUACACAACGACCUCAAGAGCGACAAUAUUAUGGUCGAGGGCUCGCCUGCCAAUCCCGAAGUCAGCAUAAUUGACUUUGGAUUGGCCUGUCGCAACAAUGAAUAUAUCGACAUAAAAGGAGGCCCAGAUGUUGCCCCAAUAUACGCCCCUGAAGUACUUCGUCACGAAUGCAGUACAUUCGCAGCUGACGUGUUCUCGUACGGAGUACUGAUGCUGCAGAUCCUGAAGAUGAUUCCCAUGCAAUUCCCGCUACUGGAGCAGAUAUGCAAGGAAGCUGUUCACCCCAACCCUAAAAGGCGGCCAUCGCUUGGAAGGGUCCUGCACCUCCUAAUGGAAAGAUUUCACAUAUUCAUAGCUUCCCUCAAGCCUUGGAAGCCAAGGAAUCGUAGGAGUCGAAGGAAUCGUAGGAAGCCAAAGACCCGUUAG